UGGUGACGCUGCUGUCCCCUCCCCGCAGGCCUGCGCAACGCCCCGCGCUGCUGGGACGUCAUCCAGCCCCUGCUCUGCGCCGUCUACAUGCCCAAGUGCGAGGAUGGGCAGGUGGAGCUGCCCAGCCAGACCCUGUGCCAGGCCACACGGGCACCCUGCACCAUCGUGGAGCGCGAGCGAGGCUGGCCCGACUUCCUCAAGUGCACCACGGACCGAUUCCCCGAGGGGUGCCCGAACGAGGUGCAGAACAUCAAGUUCAACAGCUCGGGGCAGUGCGAGGCGCCGCUGGUGAGGACGGACAACCCCAAGAGCUGGUACGAGGACGUGGAGGGCUGCGGCAUCCAGUGCCAGAACCCGCUGUUCACCGAGAGGGAGCACCGCGAGAUGCACGUCUACAUCGCCGCCUUCAGCUCCGUCACCAUCCUCUGCACCUUCUUCACCCUGGCCACCUUUGUUGCUGACUGGAGGAACUCCAACCGCUACCCCGCUGUCAUCCUGUUCUACGUCAACGCCUGCUUCUUCGUGGGCAGCAUUGGUUGGCUGGCACAGUUCAUGGAUGGUGCCCGUGACGAGAUCGUGUGCCGGGCUGACGGCACCAUGAGGCUGGGCGAGCCCACCUCCAACGAGACGCUGUCCUGCGUCAUCAUCUUCGUCAUCGUCUACUACUCGCUGAUGUCGGGUGUCAUCUGGUUUGUCAUGCUCACCUACGCCUGGCACACGUCCUUCAAGGCCCUGGGCACCACCUACCAGCCCCUGCUGGGCAAAACCUCCUACUUCCACCUCAUCACCUGGUCCAUCCCCUUCGUGCUCACCGUGGCCAUCCUGGCCGUGGCACAGGUGGAUGGUGACUCUGUCAGUGGCAUCUGCUUCGUGGGCUACAAGAACUACCGCUACCGAGCCGGCUUCGUGCUGGCCCCCAUCGGGCUGGUGCUCAUCGUGGGGGGCUAUUUCCUCAUCCGGGGGGUCAUGACACUCUUCUCCAUCAAGAGCAACCACCCCGGGCUGCUGAGCGAGAAGGCGGCCAGCAAGAUCAACGAGACCAUGCUGCGCCUGGGCAUCUUCGGCUUCUUGGCCUUUGGCUUUGUCUUCAUCACCUUUGGCUGCCACUUCUACGACUUCUUCAACCAGGCUGAGUGGGAGCGCAGCUUCCGGGAAUACGUGCUGUGUGAGGCAAACGUGACCAUCGCCACGCAGACCAACAAGCCCAUCCCGGAGUGUGAGAUCAAGAACCGGCCCAGCCUGCUGGUGGAGAAGAUCAAUCUCUUUGCCAUGUUCGGCACCGGCGUCUCCAUGAGCACCUGGGUCUGGACCAAGGCCACCCUGCUCAUCUGGAAGCGCACCUGGUGCAGGCUGACGGGGCAGAGCGAUGACCAGCCCAAGAGGAUCAAGAAGAGCAAGAUGAUCGCCAAGGCUUUCUCCAAGCGCAAGGAGCUGCUGCGCGACCCGGGCCAGGAGCUGUCCUUCAGCAUGCACACCGUGUCCCACGAUGGCCCUGUGGCCGGGCUGGCCUUCAACAUCAACGAGCCAUCAGCUGACGUGUCCUCGGCGUGGGCCCAGCACGUCACCAAGAUGGUGGCCAGGAGAGGAGCCAUCCUGCCCCAGGACAUCUCCGUCACACCCGUGGCCACACCUGUGCCACCAGAGGAGAGGCCCAACCUGUGGCUGGGGGAGGCCGACGGGGGGGGGGGCCCUCGGCUGCCCCGCCUGCCCCCCCAGCCCUGCCUGGUGGCCUUUGCCCCCGAUGUCACCUUCCCUGGGGGAGCGUGGGACGGGCAGAGCCGCAGGGCCAACGUGCUGCACGUCAUCAGCAACCCCUUCUGCCCCGAGAGCGGCGCCUCCGAGCAGCAGAGCCCCUCCGCGGGGCGCUGGCAGCACAAUGGGGGCCCCCCGUGGCCCCCCAGGCCCGGCCCAGGGCUGCCCAGGACUCAGGGGGGAUGGGCAGGGCUGGCCCCCAUCCACUCUCGGAUCAACCUGGUGGAUGCAGAGCUGCUGGAGCCCGACUCGGACUUCUGAUGCCUCAGCCCGAGGUGAGGGGGACACCAGAACCCGCCUCGCCCCUCUAGGAUCCAUCCCAACUACUCCACCAGCUGAUUUCUCUCCCCUUGGAGGAUUCAUCUCCCAGCCUGGCCUGGAGGCUUUGGCAUUCCCUCCAGCACCACUGGGAGAGAGGAGCUGUCAGGGAUUUAAGGAUCACAUUUGGGGACAGCUUAGAUCAGGGUAGAUUUUGGGCAGCUUUGGGGGUGCUGCCAGCCCUGGCUCUGCCCCACCCACAGCUGGAGGUACGUAGAGCUCACCCCACUUUAUAAUUUUUUAAAAUUCCUGAUUUUUUAAAGUUUGUAUCACGAUGGGGACGUGAAUCCUCUGUUUAAGGUGAGCCCAGCCAGGGGCAGCAGCUCUGCUGUGCACCCCUAUUUUGGGUUCACCCCACUCCUUUCAGAGACCCCAAAGUGCCUUCCAGCUCCCCAGAGAGCUCAGCCAGACCCAAAUCAGGAUCACUGGGGUGGCAGCACCGGGGAGAUGGGAUGGGAAACACCUUGGAAGCAAAAAAAAAAAAAACCAAAAACCUCGGGGUGCUCGAGGUGAAUCAGGGUCAGCAACUCCUAGAACAAAGCUUUUAUUAUUUUUUUAGGAAAAAAAAAAAAA